AUGGAGCAGGACACUAGCUUCCCCCAUAAAGAUGCCAACCCAGUGGUUUUCUUCGAUGUGGCCCUAGGAGGGGAGCCUCUAGGUCGAAUCAAGAUGGAGCUUUUUGCGAACGUCACUCCGCGUACAGCAGAAAACUUUCGUCAGUUCUGUACUGGAGAGAAUAAAAACUCCCAGGGGCGAUCACAAGGAUUCAAGAAUUGCAAAUUUCAUCGCGUGAUCAAAGAUUUCAUGAUCCAGGGAGGUGAUUUUAUCAAUGGCGACGGGACAGGUUCCUGUACCAUAUACGGAACUUCCAGGUUUGCGGACGAGAAUUUUUCACUUAAGCAUAAACAUGCAGGCAUGCUAAGCAUGGCGAACUCCGGCCCUAACACAAACGGGUGCCAGUUCUUCAUAACCACUACUGCCACCCCGUUCCUCGAUGGUAAGCAUGUUGUUUUCGGCCAGGUGGUGGACGGGAUGGAGAUCGUGCAUAUGAUCGAAAAUACACGCACAACCAGAGACAAGCCCAACCAGGAUGUUGUCAUUAUGCAAUGCGGCGAGAUGUGA